UAGCCUCUGUGCUAACCGACGGCUUCUGCGUCAGGUACUUCCAGCUGCAGCCCCUUGCAGGGUGGGGCGCCCAUCUGAGGCACAAGGCUUUUGUGCCCCCCACCCCCCAACUCUACACCCAGGGCUGCCGCCGCCUGCCUGUGCUCCAGGAUGAAGGGAGAGACCCCUGUGAACAGCACUAUGAGUAUUGGGCAAGCCCGCAAGAUGGUGGAACAGCUUAAGAUCGAAGCCAGUUUAUGCCGGAUAAAGGUGUCCAAGGCGGCCGCGGACCUGAUGACUUACUGUGACGCCCACGCCUGUGAGGAUCCCCUCAUCACUCCUGUCCCCACCUCGGAGAACCCCUUCCGGGAGAAGAAGUUCUUUUGCGCCCUGCUCUGAGCCGCCCCGCGGCCCCUCACCACCUCACCUGCCCCUCUCCCGGGCCCUCCUUAGGUCGGUAACUGCCACGAGCCCAGCUCCCUGCACCUCACCUCCAACCCGGGCCCGAACCCUGGCCCACACAGUAUCGGAAGCACAAGGCC